GUGGGAAAGAGGGACGUCACGUGUGGUCACUUUCACAUAAGAAGGCGCAUAGAAAUUUCAUUUACAAGUUGUCCGUUACAGCUUGCAGAGUCUCAGUGAUGGUGAAAUCGAGCGAGAAUGCUUCUGCUUCAGGUUCAGGUUCAGGUUCGGUGCCUCCUUUCUUGAACAAGUGUUAUGAGAUGGUGGAAGAUAACUCCACCGAUUCUAUCAUCUCUUGGAGCGAAGGUAGCUGCAGUUUUGUCAUCUGGGACAUAACCCAAUUCUCCCUCACACUCCUUCCCACCUUUUUCAAGCACAACAAUUUCUCCAGCUUCAUCAGGCAACUCAAUAUCUAUGGUUUCAGGAAAGUUGAUACGGAUCGCUGGGAAUUUGCCAAUGACAACUUUGUUAGGGGUCAAAAGCAUUUGUUGAAGAAUAUACGUAGAAGGAAACAUCCUCACAUUGCAGAUCAACCAAAAGCCUUGCCGCAGCAAGGCAAUUGUGAUGAAUCAUCACAGGAAGCAACAAAUUAUGACCUUUCGAAAGAAGUUGAGAAUCUAAAGUUGGAUAAAAAUUCCCUCAUGCAGGAGUUGGUCAAACUUAGGCAGCACCAGGAAUCUUCUGAGAAUAAUUUGCUGCUCCUGAGUGAUCGCCUUCAAGGAAUGGAAAAGCAUCAGCAGCAGAUGUUAUCAUUCUUAGUCAUGGUUGUGCAAAACCCUGGGUUCAUGGUUCAGCUGAUUCAUCCUAAGGAAAAUAAUUGGCGUUUGUCUGAACAAGGGAAUAUGCUGGGCCAAGGUAAACAAGAUGACAAACCAGUUGCUUCUGAAGGAUUGAUUAUAAAGUAUAUACCACCUGCAAGUGAAACACCUAAGCCUGUAGUUCCGCUAUCUCCUGCUUUCGAUAAGCAAACAGAGCCUGAACUUUCUGUGGAUGGGUUAAAAGACUUGUGCAUCAGUUCUGAAUUCUUGAAAGUGCUCCUGGAUGAAAAAUUGUGUCCUUUAGAAAAUCAUACCCCAUUUAUUCUACCAGAUUUACCUGACGACAGUUCUUGGGAACAGCUUUUUCUAGGUAGUCCUUUCCUGGGAAACAUUAAAGAUUCUAAUCGUGAAAAUGAGGAGCCCACUAUUAGUGGAAUGGAGAUGGAACCCACUAUAUCUGAAACUCAAAAGAAAAAUCUCAAAACUUUUGAAGCAAUGAUUGUAGAAAUGGAGAAAACUCAAGAGUGAGUUGGAAUUAUAUGCUGAUGGGAUUAAUUUGGAGAGGCCGCAGACUUUGGAAUCUCAAACUGAGCAAAUGGAACUUGUAGCUUCUGAAACUAACAAUAUAAAGGGAAGGAAGUAAUAACGUCCAUCAGAUAUUUCUCAGCUGGGCUGUCUCGAAGAUUAUCUCAAGCUACAAUUAAUAGUAUUAAGUCACAAUAUAAGUAUUUUCUCUUCCAUCUCCUUCCAGCGGUUGUAGAUCCUCAUCUAGAGUCAGUAUUUUGGCAUCUUCGUAUGGUGUCCAUGUACCGGGACUUGUCUUGUGGUGCGGCUACCUAUAUGACGGAUCAUAUAUUUCUUAUUUAAAGUUGAACUUUUAAGGGAAAGCGGCUUUAAGGAGCUUUAUUUUUGUGCCAUAUUAAACAGUAUACUAUGCCUUCACAUAUAUUAUAAAAUGUCAUAUAAGUCAUAAAAAUUAUG